UUCGAUGGUUUAAUAGUUUUAGAACGAAUAAAUAAAUAAACAAAUUAUAAUAAAUAGAAAAGGUUACCUAUCUAAUAAUUGUAUACAACACAAAAGAGUAUCAAACGGCGCUUCCAUCGAUCUAAUAUUCACUAUAAACUUAAAUACUAUCCCGUCCCCGCUAACAACAAAACCAGUGAACGUGUAUCAAUGUGUUUAAUUUCAGCCAAAACUUGGGGUCACUGUUCCGACGCCAGAGUACUCUGUCUCCAUGGGAUACAGGAUAACUGCGGUACGUUUGACAAGCUUAUCCCGUUGCUCCGUCGAGGCUUUUAUUACGUGUGCGUGGACACGCCGGGACACGGGCGGUCGUCGCAUUAUCCACCUGGUUUCCGGAUUACGUUGGAGUGUUACGUGUUGGCCGUCAAGCGGGUCGUCGACCACCUGAAAUGGGACCGAUUCAAGUGUAUCGGACACAGCAUGGGUGGCAUGAUCGCCAGUCUGUUCACGUCCCUGUACCCAGAACACGUCGUCAGCCUAGUGAUGAUUGACUGUGCAGGUCCGGUGCCCGUGCAUGCGCAGGACACGGUCAAGUGGCUGAGAAUGGUGUGCGAUGGUCUGCUGACGAUCGAGAGGAAGAUGAAAAGUGGAUCGCCGCCGUCGUACACCCGUGAACAGGCCAUCGACGUGCUGAUGACGAAACGGCCGUCCAAGUUGACCAGAAGUUCGGCAAACGUGCUCGUGGAACGGUCCCUGGUGGACCUUCCGGACGGACGUCAUGCGUUCAGCAUGGACCAGAGGCUCAAAGUGCACUACACCCAGACGCUCACGCCGAUUCAGUACAUGGCCAUAGUAAACAGCAUCCGGUGUCCCGUUUUACACUUGCGUGCCACGGACAACCCUCUGCAAAAGGAUCCAGGAAUUAAACUGUCGAGGAAGAUUUACAAGUCCAAUCCGAAUGUCCGUAUGGUCAAAGUAAACGGGAAUCACGACGUACACUUGAACCAUCCAGAAAGGAUAGCUGAUUUGAUCAAUACAUUUCUACUGUCCGAACGCAGCAAAAUUUAAUCUCGGAUAUGGUGCUGCUAUAUAACUAUAUAAGCGUACUUAUUAUAUUGUAAUAUUGUAUAAGGUGUGACUGGUCAGGUUUAGGGUUUUUUUUAUAUUCAUAAUUAUAUGUUUUUUUUUUAAAUUUAUAACGGUGAUUUGUACAAUAUAGCGUUAAGGAUAUAUUCGCAAAUACAAGGAGGGGGUCCGUGAAUCGUGUCGUUAGAUGUCCACUAUAAAAUUAUGAAUUAUGUUUUUGUUUUUAUUUAUUCAUAUUUUGUGAUUUCGUGAUCACCAGAGGAGUUUCCUGCAGGAUAAAAUUUCAAGACAGGCUCGGUUAUAAAGAAAGUGUGUACAAUAUAUACAUUUUUUUUAAAAGAAAUUUUUAAAAUGUACAGUCAAUCAUUAUAUUAACUAAUAACUAAUAUAUUUUAUAUUAUACGUUUUUAAUUUUUAUCAUAUAAUAAUACGGUUGUUGGCGAUUCGCGGAUACAUGUUUUUCAUAGAAGCGCUUGAGGAUCGCUGAUUAAUUUUAUUCAUAGAUAGAUUAUUAUUUAUUGUCCACAGCACAAAAUAUGAUUGGUACUUUCCUGUUAUACGAGACUACCCUGUUUUUUGACAACAUCACAAUCCUGUUAUCUAAGACUACCAAAAUUAUACUUUACUUUUAUAAGAGACUACAGCUAUUAUCGCAACUACCUAUCUUAGCUGAUAUUAUAGCUGAACGAUAUCCAUAAGCCGCGAUUAUAUUUAUUAUUAUAUUAUAUCUAUCAUUAUGUAUAUUAUUAGUUUUGGUAAUUGGUGUUUUACACGGAAAAUUUGGUACAUUACGAAUAAUUAUUGUGUAUUUAAUUUUUUUUUAUAUAAUUAGAAUGUGAUUUUUAAUUUAAUGUCAUUCCAGCAAUACAUAAAUUAUUUAUUGUUUUAUUUGUGGUUUUACCUUUUUGUAUUAUUAUUAUUAUUAUUAUUUUAUUGUUUUCCGUACGCCGCGGCAAAUCUAGCACUUUGGCGUGUACCGUGUAAAAUACAUUACAAAUAAUUAAUAAUAAUUUUAUUUAGCAAAACAAUAUACAUUUACACUAAUAUAUGAGAAUAAAAUUGGCUGCUACCAGUCGCAGAAUA